UCUUUAAGUGUAGGCGUUGUGUUCUUCAACUGACUUUUUAGUUCUUCGAAUACGUUUACAACUUUUAUUCUUUCAAAUGCUUUGUUUUUUUGCCUUAAUUUAACUCCAAACUUCAUUUAUCUUCUUCCUCAAAUGUUUUCAUUUGAUGGGUCUCUGAUUAAAGCAACUCGUUAAAAACAUUGGCUGCAAAAAAAAAAAAAAACAUGAAGAAGAAGAUCACAGACCAAGCUCUUGCAUGGCGUUUCACUUUGUUCAUAUUCUUAAUCCUUACGGUUUCAGAUGAUGUUGUCAAUGGAGAUUCAUUAGAAACAGACAGACAAGUUCUGCUGAAUCUGAAAAGAUUCCUGGAAGCACACAAUCGAGUAAAUCGAGGAAGAUAUUCAGAAUGGGAUGUCGAUGACUCGAUUCCGCCGUGUCGGUGGCCCGGAAUCUCUUGUUCCGAACAACAAAGGGUCAUCGGUAUAAACCUGUCUGGAAACAACAUUUCUGGUGAAAUGUUCAAUAAUUUCUCAGCUUUGACAGAGCUUCGACACCUUGAUCUUUCGAGGAACACCAUCGGCGGAGCUGUACCGGACGAUUUGAGUCGAUGUGAAGGCCUUGUGCACCUCAACUUAUCACAUAAUAUCCUUGAUGGAAAGCUGGAGCUUAAAGGGUUGAGUUGUUUGGAAAUGCUCGAUUUAUCGGUGAACCGGUUUCACGGUGAUAUAGGAGUUAACUUCCCGGGAAUUUGCCAGAAUCUGAUUGUUGCAAACCUUUCAACUAAUAACUUCACUGGUGAGAUUGAUAGCUAUUUUGAUGGAUGCUUGGAUCUCAAGUAUCUUGAUUUGAGUUCCAACAAGUUUGGUGGUCACUUAUGGGGUGGAUUUCGAAGGCUUGUCGAGUUUUCGGUGUCAGAAAACUUCGUUUCCGGGACGGUUUCGGGGUCAAUGUUUGCAGGUAAUUGUAGUUUGCAGAAUUUAGACUUGUCCGAAAACAAUUUUCAUGGUGAACUUCCAGGGGAGAUAUCAAAUUGCAAGGAUUUGGCUAUCUUGAAUGUAGGUGGAAACAAGUUCAAUGGGUUCAUUCCACCCGAAUUGGGAUCAAUUUCGAGUCUCGAAGGCUUGUUCUUGGGGAACAACAGUUUUUCGAGUUCGAUCCCAGAAUCGCUAUUGAACUUGACGAAUUUGGAGUUCUUGGACUUGAGCAAUCACAAAUUUGGUGGGGAGAUUCAAAAGAUUUUUGGGAGAUUCAAACCAGUUAAGUUUCUGUUAUUACAUGGAAAUUCGUACACCGGCGGGUUCAAUACAUCCGGUAUUCUAACGUUACCAAACAUUUCUCGUUUAGACCUGAGUAAUAAUUGUUUCUCCGGUCCAUUGCCUGUUGAAAUAUCUGAAAUGCCAAGCUUGAACUAUUUGAUGAUGGCUCACAAUCAAUUUAAUGGUAGCAUACCACCUGAAUAUGGAAACUUGCCAAAUAUACAGACUAUUGAUCUGUCCUUCAACCGGCUUUCGGGAUCGAUCCCGCCCGAGCUUGGUAAAUUGAGCUCUCUUUUCUGGUUGAUGCUUGCAAACAACUCUCUUAGUGGCGUGAUACCUCCGGAGAUCGGAAACUGCGGUAGCUUGUUAUGGUUGAACCUUGCCAACAAUCAACUUUCUGGAAGAAUCCCUCCCGAGUUGACAAAGAUUGGACAAAACGCUACCCGAACAUUCGAGUUGAAUCGUCGACGUAAUGAAAGGAUUAUUGCCGGUUCAGGUGAGUGCUCAGCAAUGAGGAGAUGGAUACCAGCAGACUAUCCGCCUUUCAGUUUUGUGUAUACAAUUCUCACUAGGAAGAGUUGCAGAAGCACAUGGGAUCGGUUGCUUAAAGGCUAUGGUCUUUUCCCGGUGUGCUCGUCGGGUUCGAUGAUCAGGACAUUUCAAAUCUCGGGAUACCUUCAACUUAGCAGCAACCGGUUUUCGGGUCCGAUCCCUUCCGAUAUUGGUAUGAUGCAAAAUUUCAGUAUGCUGCACCUGGGAUUCAAUGAAUUCAGUGGUGAACUGCCUGCACAGAUUGGUCAAUUGCCUCUUGUUGUCCUGAAUAUCACCCGGAACGAGUUUUCGGGACAAAUUCCGGCCGAGAUUGGCAAUGUCAAAUGCUUGCAGAACCUUGAUUUGUCAUACAAUAGCUUCUCUGGCAUAUUUCCAACAAGUUUCAGCAACCUGACUGAUCUCAACAAGUUCAACAUAUCGUACAAUCGGCUCAUUUCCGGGGUAAUUCCGAGUACCGGACAAUUCUCUACCUUUGAGAGAUACUCAUACUUGGGAAAUCCACUACUGGAUGUUCCGGAUUUCAUUGACAAUGGAACAGUUCACCUACCGGACAAUAACGGAAGGCGGAAUAGAUCUGCCAGAUUUGCUGUGCUUAUGGUGUUGGUAGCUCUCGCACUAACCACUUUCGUUUUCGGGGUCGUAUCGGUUGUGGUAUGCAGAAUGGUGAAUUCGAGAUCCGAACCUCAGAGAUAUCUCCUGAAUGAUACAAAGUAUAAUCGACACGAUCUAGCGUCAAGCUCGGGCGGAUCAUCGGACACCAUCAAGGUCAUCCAAUUGGACAAAACAGCUUUCACUCACGCGGACAUUUUGAGGGCUACAAGUAACUUCUCGGACGAGAGGAUUAUCGGGAAAGGAGGGUUCGGAACGGUGUACCGAGGUGUAUUGCCGGACGGAAGAGAAGUAGCGGUGAAAAAGCUACAAAGAGAAGGAAUAGAAGGCGAAAGGGAGUUCAAGGCCGAAAUGGAAGUUCUAAGCGGCAAUAGCUUUGGUUGGCCGCACCCUAAUCUUGUAACACUCUAUGGUUGGUGCCUACAUGGAUUAGAGAAAACAUUGGUGUAUGAAUACAUGGAAGGUGGGAGCUUGGAAGAUCUUAUAACGGACCGAGUCCGAUUAACAUGGCGGAAACGGAUCGACGUUGCGGUCGAUAUUGCACGAGCAUUAGUGUUCCUACAUCAUGAAUGCUACCCAGCCAUUGUUCACAGGGAUGUUAAGGCUAGCAAUGUCCUGUUGGAUAAAGACGGUAGGGCACGAGUCACGGACUUCGGUCUCGCUAGAGUCGUCGAUAACGGCAAUAGUCACGUGAGCACGAUGGUGGCGGGAACUAUCGGUUAUGUAGCACCGGAAUACGGGCAGACAUGGCAAGCUACGACAAAAGGCGAUGUGUACAGUUACGGGGUGUUGGCAAUGGAACUCGCGACCGGCCGACGAGCUGUGGACGGAGGCGACGAAUGCUUGGUGGAAUGGGCCAAGCGUGUCAUGGGAAAUGGACGAUGCGGAUUAGGUCGAGCCAUGGUGCCGGUUAUGCUUCUGGGAUCGGGAUUAUCCGUUGGUGCUGAUGAGAUGUUCGAGCUGCUUCGGAUCGGGGUCCGAUGCUCAGCUGAUGCUCCACAAGAUAGACCAAACAUGAAAGAGGUGUUGGGUAUGUUGAUUAAAAUCACAAGCAGCCGGGUAGAUUUCAAGUACUGCAUCUCAUGAUAUUAGGCUUAGACGUCGAAUAAACGGUGCAUUUUUACUAUUAUUAUUGUAAUUCCUCUUGUAAAGAAACUUUCUUAAUUCAUUAUAUU